AUGAGCACUGCGAUUUGUCCCAAUACUGUUCUAGCCCCGACUUCAGUGCGCAUUCAUGGGGUCACUGGCCAUCAGUUGCAAUUACUUGGCGAAACAUUGUUGUGCGUUCAAUCUGAAUCCGGUGUAUCAAUCCCAAUCCGAUUCCUGGUAUCAUCCCACAGUCCGUCUAUUCUGGGCCUAGGAGCAAUGCGGCUACUACAAGGAUCCAUCACAUUACAUAUCAACAACGAUAAGCCAAUCACUGCAUAUCUUGAACAUUUGAUUGUACAGUGUUCCGGUAACGUUGGCAUGAAGGUACCGUCGGUAAAGAUGGAAGUGGAUGGUGAACCCAUUUUCCUAAAACGACGCGUCCUCCCAUACGGUCAACGGGAAGGUGUCCUGAAAGCGUUACAGAAAAUGUAA